AUGAGGCCGAUCAGAGAAGGUGAAGCCCUGGUCGGAUUCGCCGGGGCGCCGGCGGCGGGCGGCCACGGCCACGGCGCGCACCCGGGGCUGUGGAGGACGCCCACGCCCUACCUCUUCCUCGGCUUCGCGCUCAUGAUGGGGCUCAUCGCCGUGGCGCUGCUCGUGCUCGUCUGCACGCGCCGCAAGCCGUCCGGCUCGUCGCGGCGGGGGAGCGCCGCCGAGGAGGCGUCGGCGCGCGGGAUGGCGCCGCUCGACAGGGAGCCCAAGGUCGUCGUCAUCAUGGCCGGCGACGACUUGCCGUCCUUCCUCGCCAGCGCCAGGCCGUUCGCGUUCCCUGCUGCCAUCAACGCCGCCGACGUCGGCGAGCAGCGGCAGGCGGACGCUGCGUAG